GUCAAAUUGUAAGGAUUAUUCGUCUCGAUGUUUGUUUACUAAUUUACAAAAUGCAAUCAAUCAAGCGGAUCUUCUAAAGUUUAACUACUUAAUUAUCAGCUUUGAUUUGUGAUUGAUUUCACAGUAUAAUUAAUUCCGUUAGCACAAUUUAAAAAAUGAUGAAAACAAACCAUCACCCUCACUCCCGACUAUAGCUGACUUUGUCCGCUCACCAAAGUCUACACACCAUGUUGUGGACAAGAAGACAUUACACUUUGCCUACCAAAUGAUUAAGCCAAAAAAACCAUAAAAUGUAGUAGCUUUCUUCAAGCCAAUUAAGCCACUAUUUGAGACUUCAAACACAGCCAGCCUAAAGAGAGAGAAUGAGAGAGACCAUGAAUUCCCAAGCAGAAACUACCUUGAACCAUUUCAGCCAUCCACACCCGCUUCAGCUCACCAAUAAUCAAAACAUCUAUAACUCAUCAGCUACUUGUUCAGGAUGCUGUUUGCAGGUUUCAGGAAUGAUCUACAGCUGCAGAAUCUGCAACUACUUCCUCCAUGCCGAUUGUGCAAAAAUGCCGAAACAAAUCACUCAUCCUUUCGACAAAGGCCACGUCUUGACGCUCCACUCACGACCACCCUAUGAUCAAGAAGGCUUGGAUGUCUACUGUGAUGCAUGUGGGAAACCAGGACAGGGGUUUGAAUACCACUGCAAAAUCUGCCAGAUUGAUCUUCACAUACUCUGUGCUGCAAUGCCGUUGACUUUCACUAACCAAUCUCAUCCUCACCAGCUAAACCUCAUUUUCUCCCCAACCCAUCUUGACAAAACUUUUAACUGUGAUGUUUGCAAUACUUUAGGGUCUGAUCACUGGCUCUACCGAUGCCACGCCUGCGAUUUCGAUGUUCAUUUGCACUGUAGAAAUGUUCCAGUUCAGCAGCCUGUCCAGCAACCAAAUGUUCCAAAUCAGUAUGCUGAACAUCAUCAGCCAGGAUUUGCAUACACAACAAAAUCAACUCCUCCUCCUCCUCCUCCUCCCCAGGUUCAUCAUCAUCAACCGCCACAAUUCUCUCAGAACUUUUAUCAAACACAUCAUGUGCAACCGGGGAUUCCCGUAGUAAAUCAUCCAAAUCAGGGGAUGGCGGAUAGUCACGCAGCAGUUAUGGCGUAUAUAGCAAGGCUAGAACAAGAACUUGUGGCUGUUCAACACAGGAUGAAUCAACAACAGUUACAAGCCUUACAUCAGCUACAAGCAUUUAACGCUGGAGGAGGAAGAUAUGGAGGAUUUGGUGGAAGAACUGGCGGUGGUGCUGGAGGUGGGUUUGGAGGAAUGAGUAACUUGAUUCAAUCAUUAUCAGGAGGAUUUGGGCAAGGAAUCGGUGGUAAUAUUCCGGGUCUUGAUCUUUUCGGCAAUGGUGGCGGCAGUGUUGGUGGUUUUGGUGGGGUGGAUUUCGGAAGUUUACUUGGUGAUGGUGGUGGGUUUGGGAAUUUGGAUUUUGGAAGUUUACUUGGUGGAGGAUUUGGGUUUUCCUGAGAACGAAAAAUUUGCAGGAAAAGAAAGAUAACCACAAAGUUUGAUGAGUAUAUUUAUUAGACUUGUUUCUAAUUUUGAUUUUGUUUAUGCACAUGAUUGUUGGUUCAUUUUGAUUAUCCAAACAAAAAUGUCGUGUAAUAAUUUGUACGAAUCACGAUGACACUCUUUCAUGAAUUGUAACUAUAUAUGGUGUUGUAACGUACUGCACGUCCUACUGUAUUGAAAAUUUCACAUGAAUGUGGCAGAUUUGUUGGUCUUUUUCUU